GAAACAUGGCGGUUAUACGAGGAUUUGUUCAAAAAUGGCGACAAAGCAUUCAUCAAAGGUUGGGACAAGGAUCUCAACACGUUACUCCUCUUCAUCUGCUCUUACGACGAUAUCCAGGCAACCCUGUUCUCCGCCAUGGUGACGGCAUUUGUGCUAGAAUCGUACAAAUCGCUCGGGUCGACCACGGAUAUGUGCUCCACCUCAGACGAUAUCCGGCAAUCAUCAUCAACGCUGCUCAGUGCUCAUCCCAGUGCUGUCGCUGUGCGGAUCAACGUGUUAUGGUUCUCCAGCCUUAUCGCAAGCGUCUCCACUGCAUUCCUAGCCGUUCUGACAAAAGAAUGGCUCGCCGUCCUCCUUGAGGGUCGCGAUGAUCCUCAUAUCGGAACGAGAGGUCGACAGCUUCAACAUCGUCAUGACAACAUCCGGAGCUGGAGACUGUCACAGGUCCUUCCCUUCCUCCCUUUCCUCCUGCACAUAUCCUUCCUGCUCUUCUUUGCCGGCCUGGUCAAUUUCCUAUGGUACAUCAACAAGACGGUGGCCAUUGUCGCAGCUGUCCUCGUCUGCGCAAUGACUUCGGUAUAC